UCAAGGUUGACUCAGCCUUCCAUCCUCACAAGGCCCGAGUCUGGAUUCUGUACAGUUCCGUAAUCACGGAGAAAGGAAGGAAAAAAGUAAUUUCCAAGUAAAACACCGAAGAUUUUUUUAAAAAACAAUUCUGCCUCAAAUUAGUUUUGAAGAAACUAAAAAGGACCUUGAAGUAUCUCGCAUGUAGGAUUUCAGUGGGAAUCCCAGGAGAAAAGUGGUUCUGACAUGAAUGUUUAUUACACUGAAUCAGCCAGCUACCCACAGCAACUGCUUGCUUGAAGUUAUUUUUCUGGAGAAAAAAAAUCCACACUUGCUCUGCUGUUGCCUUGAAAGGUUGCAACCAAAUGAAAGGGCCAUAUGGCUUUAUUACGAAAAAUUAAUCAGAUCCUACUCUUCCUUCUUGUUUUGACUCUCUGUGUUAUUCUGUAUAAUAAAGUUCAAAAGAUGCCAUCUGCUAUUCUGAAUAAUGAAUCUAUUGAUUUGGAGAGCGUAGAGGAGAUGGAAGAAGAAAUUCCAGUUGUGCUAUGUGCUCCUGCAGGCAGAAUGGGCGCAACAAUAGCUGCAAUCAACAGCAUUUAUACCAACACGGAUUCAAAUGUCUUGUUCUACAUAGUUGGGAUAAAGAGCAGCAUUCCACAUAUCAGGCAGUGGAUUGAAAACUCUAAACUGAAAGAUAUCAAGUUUAAAAUUGUGGAAUUCAAUCCUAUGGUACUUAAAGGGAAAAUCAGACCAGACGCAACACGUCCUGAAUUACUUCAGCCUCUAAACUUUGUUCGAUUUUACCUCCCUCUACUUACCCAUGAACAUGAAAAAGUGAUUUAUCUUGAUGAUGAUGUGAUUGUACAAGGAGACAUCCAAGAUCUAUAUGAUACGAAGUUAACCCGAGGACAUGCUGCAGCUUUUUCAGAUGACUGUGAUCUACCUUCAACUCAUGAAAUGGUUAGAAGUGUAGGAAUGCAGAACACUUAUAUGGGCUUCCUGGACUAUCGAAAACAAACAAUCCGAGAUCUUGGUAUAAGUCCCAGCACCUGUACAUUUAAUCCUGGUGUCAUUGUGGCCAACAUGACAGAAUGGAAGCACCAACGCAUCACAAAGCAGUUAGAAAAAUGGAUGCAGAAAAAUGUAGCAGAAAAUCUAUAUAGCAGCACUCUUGCAGGAGGUGUGGCCACUUCUCCAAUGCUCAUUGUUUUCCAUGGAAGAUAUACAACUAUUAAUCCUUUGUGGCAUAUUCGACAUUUAGGCUGGAGUCCUGAUGCUAGAUACUCAGAGCAUUUUCUUCAGGAGGCCAAGUUGCUUCAUUGGAAUGGGAGAUAUAAGCCUUGGGGCUACCCUAGCGGACACAUUGACUUUUGGGAAAAAUGGUUUGUUCCUGACCCUUCAGGAACUUUUAAACUGAUUCGUCCUAACAGCUAAUUAUGCCAUUUUAUCUUAAAGACAUCAGGAACAGUUUUCAGCAUGAUCAUGGUUUUUUGUUUUAUGAUGAGAUUUCUCUUAUAGUGAACAUGGCUCUACUGUAUAAGAGUGUAAUUGAAUCCUAUGAUGUAGAAGCGUCAAAAUGAAACUUUACCACAAGUGCAAUGAGGCCACAAAGUAUGCACACUAUCAUCUUUUUAGCAGGAGCUGAAACUGAAACAUUGUUUAGGGGAAACAAUCUUUAUAACAUUAAGGCCUCUAUUUAAAUAAUUCUGUAAAUAAGAACUUACCAAAAUACUGUGUAAUACUUCUGAAUAAUUUUUUUUUGCCAUAAAUACAUUUUUAUAUAUAAAAUUAAGCAAUAAAAUUAAGCAUCCAUUAUUUUAUUUCAAAUAAUUUAAAAUUGCUUUGUUGUAACAACACCAAUACAAUUAAUCAUUGACUUUUAAACAAUGUUACAAUAAAGCACCAGAAAAUAUUAUAAGAA